UUUAAUUUAUGAAAAAAGUGGAUACUGUCUCAGUAAACGAUGGGUGCAAAACAAAUAUACACAUGCUUUUCAUUUGUUGUCAAGUGUGCCGUAAGUGUUGUAUAAUAAAGCUUUGUGUUUUUAUUGAUUCAGAGCACUUGAGAGUUCUUCAAGACAAACACACAUAGGGAACUGGAAUUUCUUCGCAGACAAAACAGGGCGAAUAAAUAUACACACCUUAGUUGGACUAUUUAUGGAGACUGACUCAAAACAGGAAUUUCACAAAGAAGGAAAAUAUUAACACGCACCAUAAAUCUACUUGAUCGAUCCAUCAUAAAACGGGAGUUUUGUCGCAUAUUAAUAGUAUCCUACAGCUAUCGGAAUAAAUCAAGUGGCAAGAAGUGGAGAUUCAUCUUAUAUCGUCGAGAGGAAAGUGAAUAGAAUUUGUUUCUUUCCUGGCACAUAUAAACGUCAAUAGUUUUGAAACCUGAGACAACCAGUGUUCUGCUGACGUAUCCAUAGAAGUUUUCCUGACGACAGCGGCUGUUUUUGAUUAGAAGCACGUGUAAUUCGAACCAAGAAGAUAAUUAAACAGCGAAGAUCCGCCAGAAAUCAUUUGGUGCUGAUGACAUCGUCUGCAAAUUGAAGAGGACUUGAUUUACCAUUCCGACAUCUGGAAUUAAUCGAUUAAAUUGAUAGAAGUGGGAGUAACUACAAAUUUGGAAUAAAUGCUAUUAAAUGAGGCUUAGAACGGGACUGAUAAUGGCCGGAAUUGGAUUUACUAUUGGAGUCUUGUGCGGACUUUUGGUGCAUUUGCCCGCAGAAACCUUGCCAGCUGCAAACUUCGAAAGUCAACAUCUAAAUCGAGUGCGCCGAACUGCCGGAGUUGAAAACGCCGCAGAUUACGGAAAUCCGGAUAACCUCAUUUCGGAUAAGCAAGGUACCGUAGGUAAACAUAGCGCUCAAGUGGAUUUUAUGAAUAACAAUUAUGAAACUUUACCAGUGGCAAAUCGGGAUAAGCAUGGAUAUAAGGUGAUUACAAGUGAUAAACCUCCGAAUGUGAGCGUAUUAAGUAAAUACCCUCUGUCUAGUGACGAAUCAGUGGUUUAUUUAAGCCCAGAUCAACAUAAGCUUGUCCUGGAUAAUAGUGUCAACAAUGUAAGCAAUGCUAGUCAGCCUAAAAGAGAUACAAAUGCAGAUACACCUAGCGACAAUUCUGUCAAUAGUAAUCAUAAUGAUGGGAGUCAGUUUCUCAACCGUGAAACACAGCCGCUGACUAGAGGUGAAACCAAGGCCUUAGGUCAUGGUAAAAAGACAGGGAACAAAAUUGAAAUUGACAAUUAUCAGGAAGAAUCACAUUCAAGUGGAUAUGACGUAACAAGUGGCGUGUUUUGGAGUGAUACUGUCGAACAAUCUUGCCCAAAGGGUUUCAAUAAUGAAGACACACGGGGUUGGAAAACGAAGGCCGCUAAUGAGAAAAUUUUGGCAAUGAAUGACGGCUGUGGUCGAAUGCAAAAUCGAGUGCUUACAUUUGAAAGCAUGGACAAAGCCUGCGCGAGAUAUAGACUGAAUGUUGAUCAAAUGCAGGGAGAGAUGUUUUCCUACUACUUAAGCAAAAUGUUAGGUAUAAACAAUGUCCCACCGUCGGUUCUGCAUCUUGCCGACGCGAACAGCGACCAAUGGAGCACAAUCGGGCAAGACAUUGCAAACGCAAAAUGGUCGGAAGAGAAACCUGUGAUUCUUUCCAAGUGGAUUGACGAUUUGAGUCCCUCUUACAUUCCUCAAGAAUUCAGAAACCUCUCCUCAGUACUAUUCCCCAAAGAUCUGAAAGAAAAUGCUCACUCAUUAGAUGAUAAAUUAGUUAAUGGCGUCACCCGUACCUCGUUAUGUGAACUACUGCAAUGGUCGGAUUUAAUCAUUUUUGAUUAUCUGACAGCGAAUUUGGAUAGGGUGGUGAAUAACUUGUUUAAUUUACAGUGGAAUGCUAAAAUGAUGGAAAAACCCGCUCACAAUUUAGAAAAGGACUCUAGCGGUAGGCUGGUAUUUAUUGACAACGAGUCCGGGUUAUUCCACGGUUACCGGCUUUUAGACAAGUACGCAGUCUACCACGAGUCUUUAUUAAACUCAUUGUGCGUUUUUAGGAAGCAGACUAUUGAUUCAAUAAAGCGUCUUGUUGACAGAGACAAUGUAAACGAAGCUUUACAUUCGUUGUUUGAAAACAGUGAACCUUUGUAUAGAUCUUUGCCAAGAAUUCCAGUGAAGAAUAUCAAAAUAUUGACAUCUAGAAUGCAGGCAAUUUUAAAACAUGUUCAAAAGUGUGAAUCUCAAAGUGUCUAGCAUUUUUAUUAGAUUUUAGCGGUAAGGUCGAUGUGACCGCUGGGAAAAAAAAUCAUGUAUAUUUAUGUGUUUGUGCAAUCUUUAUUUUUUUAGAAGCAUUUUAAACAUGAACAUAGUUUAUGGCACAUUUUCAUCCAAAUUAAUCUUAUUAUCUUGCUGAAAAAGCCAUUUCGUUUCAAGUGUCAGAAAUAGAUAUGUAAUUUCCAAAUUGAUAAAUGAAUCCAUUCAAAUACCUUGUUACUUUAAUUUGUCAAAUAAAACACAAAUAAAUAUGUAUGCAAAUAUUACUGAUAACAAUUUUAACUUUCUCUAAAAACGUGAAUGAAUAUAAAUUGUCACUCUGACUUGGCAGAAACUUAAGAUUUGAUCGUACAAUUUUCUAUCGUUUGUGCUAGAUGUUUUCACUUUUUAUGAAAUUCUGGUUGUUAUUGAAAUCAUACAUAAUCAUAGUACAUUAAGUGUCAUGAAUUUUAAUUAACAUUCCGUUUAAGAAACGUAUACAAUUCAUUAACAAUUUAGUUUUUUAUUAUGAAUUUGAAUAAAUAACUUUAUUAAAGUAAUUAUUUGUUUAUUUCAGUGUAAUAUUUUUCUUUGCUUAUUUCCCUCUAUGGAAAAAUGAAUUCAAGACUCCGUUUAAAUACAAAUGGUUUUAAUAGUUGGCGUGAAUAUGGAGUACCUAAUUUAGAGGCUAAUAAUUAAAUAAAUACAUCAUUUUUAUCUUAUCUUUUAACCUUGAUCGACAAUAUAUCAACACUUUAUUACAUUUUUUGCAACCAUCAAUUAGGGAGCCCUUCAAAACUGUUGAGACGUUUGGUUUGAUUUAUUUUCACAUUUAUUAAACUUUCGACCACGAAAAGAUAAUUUUCACAGCAAUUUAGAAGCAGCAAUAUUCAUUAUGUAAUUGAAAAUCAUUCAACAAUGUAAAAUUUACUUUUGUCAAUAAUUGAAUGAAUUGAAGUUAAAAGCAUAAUCGCCCAAGUUUCGGUGGUAUUUCUUUCACAUGAACUAUUAUACAUUUCUAAACGCUUUUAUAAAUUUUAGCCUACAUUUUGGAUAAUAAAUGGAUAUGAUAUUAUAUAGUAUUUAGAAUAUACUGAAAUGAACAUGUUUCUUGAAUAUUUAAAUAUUUGUUUUGUUAAUUAUUUCCGUAAACUUGCCUGUGAUUAUUUGUACAUAAUAUGAUGAUUUUACAAUUCGUAUAUAUUUGAAUUUGCUUCAGUAUUAAUUCUCUGUUAAAUGUGUGUUUAACUCCCAUAUAAAUCAAUAUUAUUUGAACAAUUUUCAGCAUUAUAAUAUAUUACCCAAUUUUAUAAACUAUAUAUUCUAGGUAAAAUAACUAUUGUAAGAUAAUAUUACUAAUAACUUCUAGCUUUCUUAAAUACAUCAUUAUUGUUUUUCAUAAUUGUGUGACUCAGUGAAAUUCUUGCCAUACAUGUUUCGUAGAAUAUUCUUAGAAUGUCUGUAAUGGUGGGAUUUUUGUAGUUGGUUCAGACACAGAUGUUUUAAUAACAUAUUACCUCUCACCAAAUAGGUUAUGGGUUUGAUCACCCCCAGGGGUACAUUAUAGUGGCCUCUCAAAAAUGACACUAGUGCUGGCAAGAAUACCACGAAAAUACUUCAGUCAGAUCUCAAUCUCAGUCUCGACUCAUUUUACCAUUUACCAUCAAAAGUUAUUAAACAUAAUAUAUGUGUUGACACCUUUAAAAAGCGCAUUCUAUCAUUUAUUAUGUUGAUUAAAACUUUUUGUCAAGAUUCCAAAGGAAAAAUAUUCUACAGCCAAAAAUGCAUUGGCGCAUAAUUCAUUUUUGAUUAAAAAAUUCUCAAGAAUUUUUUUGCUCAAGAACAAUAUUUCUUUGAAAUAUUGAAAACAUCUUUCAUCAACAAAUUCUAAAAUAUAGUAUGUUUUCAAAAAGUAUAAAAACACGCAAUCUUUUGAAUCUUACUAUCCUUUUAAUUGGAAAGAGUUGAGUUUGAGUUUGAGAUUUGACUUGAGUAUCUUUGUGAUAUUGGGGCCUGGUUUCUGCCCAGGAAACAACUUCGAAAAUAACUUCUAUUAGCUUUCUACAGUCUUUGCAAUUGAGCUAAAAUAAAUUAGUUUAAACUAAUAACUGCUCAUGGCAUGUAGAAUGAUAGAAAAUAAAUGUUCGCUAGUUAAAGAUAUUAGAGAAACCAGCAAGUUUUUGUAAGAAUGUACACCAUCUGCUACUAAUCUGAAUAUGUUGGCGGUAACGAACCAUAAUUUGUCGAUGGGCGCAAUACAAAUUGGAACACAUUGCCAGACAGUUGUAGGACAUUUGUUUUAAUUACGCCUUUACUACCAACCUUUCAUAUUCUGGUCAUAAAAAUGUUUUUCCAUGUAAAAAAUAUUUAGUAUUGUUCUGUUUCAAAUUUAAGCACCCUGCAUUGAAUUUAGCCACAUGACCUAAAGGAUAUACAUCGUUUUACAUUUUAGACGUAACAAUUCUAGUACUAACAGACAUUAAGCAUUAUCUUACAGAAAAAUAGCUGGUUCCUUAUUCUAGUUUUCGGUUUAACAAUGCUUACUUCGACUGAAACCUAUAUUUUCAAAACUUGGGUUCAAAUUCUAGGCUAUUAAUCAGAUAGUUUUUGCUAUUAUGCUUUUGAUAAUACAGCAUUUGUUUUGUAUUAUAAAUAACUGUUCUAUGUUCCCAUUGCUUAGCAACACGACCAUUCCUGUUCCGGUUAAGUUCUCGUGUAACGAGUUUUACCGGAUAUUGCAUUUUUGUUAAAGUUGACCAGUGAAAAUGGAUAAAGUGUACUUGUUCUGAUUUUUUAAGCAACUCUUUUGCUUGUAAAAGUCGCAUUUGAUUAUUUAUGAAUUAAUAUAAAAUAUCUGUUUAUACAUACAUACAGUUGCAUGUAUGUGAUUGAAAACAAAUUCAAUAGUUUCAUAUAUUAUAUGAAUGUGAAGUAUUCCGAUAAUUUUAUUGUAAAGUUAUGCCUUUUACUGGAAAACCUGACAAUUAUGCUUUCUGUAUAAACUUACCGAGGGCGAUAUUCAUUAUCAAUCUAACUUGGCACACAAUUGACCCUACUCAUAUCUGCGACGUUGCAGUCACAGUCUGCGACAUUGCAUGUACAGAUAAAGCCAGCGUUUUCCUGUCUGUCAUUUACUGAGGCUCAUGUUGAUUAUGGGAAAAAUGUAUUUUUUAUGAAAAUUGUCGUAAAUCUUAGAUUGAUAAUGCAUAUCAGCCCUUAUUUCCACUGUGGACCAUGCAAUCCUGUGUUAUAAGUGCUCAUUGUGUGUAUGUUGUUAAAACUUUGACUUAUAUUUAAUAUAUAAAUGAGAAUGAAAUUCUCAAUCUUA